AUGACGUGUGUUGGGGGCGGACAACAGCGGUAUAAGUUCAUCAGCCAUAAGCUAGAUCACCGGCGAACGCAAGGCCAGUCUGCCCUUCAGCCAACACUCUCAACUAGCAGAGUAGUCUGCGUUGGCAGGCCAGCACAAUUACCAAGUACCGACACGGAUCAGAUUGCAGCAAAUUUUGUAGAGGUGUUGCAGGUGACCGAUAUCCGGUAUGCCAUUGUCUACUACGGACAUUUCCUUCGGGAUAUUCCCCGACGCCUGGGCAAAAACGCUGUAUUAGACGCGGCUGUGAAAGCCAUUUCAGCCGCAUCCCCGUUUCUUUACACCGGUACUAACUCACCAAUUGCGCUCGCGCGCUAUGGACAAUCUCUACGGAGGCUCAGAGAGUGUUUGAACGAUGCAGCCGAGGCGCGGACUCCGAAUACGUUAUGUGCCGUCUACUUGAUCACCAUCUGCCAGAGCUGGCUGGGGAAAUAUGAUGACUCGCUUACAGGUCAUGCCGAAGCCAUUUCUCAUCUUCUCAAAGCUGCUCCAUUGCAUGAAUGGAACAGCAGAUUUGAGCUUGAGAUGGUUCUCACGAUGUGUAUACCUGUGAUUCUCGAAGGCAUUGUUAACCCCCGUGUUAAGAUGGACCCAGCAUUUUGGGAGCUGGCCUCAUCAUUCAAAGAUCGGAUGUCCACAUCGCAGGAGAACCGCCCCAAGCCCUCGACGGAGUAUAAACAUCUCGCUCUAUUCCCUAGUUUCGUUCAGAACCCUGAUGCAAACCUUCCUGAAAUUGAGAAUGCAUACUUCAGAUUGAAAACUGAUGCACAAGUCAUGCGACAACACCUCGGUCAAGUCGAGCAACUCACCCCUCUAUCCUUCUCAUCCCCGGCCGUUGUGGCUCACUCCCAAGCCCAAGCAGCGUAUACCAUGGUAUCAACCCUGGCCGUGCUCACAAAUAGUCUCCUCCGCAUCUUUGAUUCAUUCAAUUUCACUCUAGUCAGUGAGUGUAUCGCUCUGUGUGAUGAAAUUGCGACGCAGGCCGAGCUGGCAACCUGCUACCGGCCGUUGGGAUCAGCCUAUAUGCCGUUGUGUCUCACGGUCGCUUGGGCUGCAUUGAAAGAUGAGUCUCGAAUGACACAAAUAGAAAUCAUUCUCGCGGAAUACCAAUCUGACUUUACACAAGUCCCUUGGAUGAGUCGGGCCCAGUGGUUAGCUUCCACUUUUGAUAGCCACCGCGUGCGGGUCGCAUCUGAGAUGGCCUCUUUACACUCCCCGGGUGUUGUCAAUGCACAGACAAACAUGGCAGCUAGUCGAGAGCGCAAGCAGCUCCCAGUCAGUCCCGAAUCAUGCUGUAUUCUUUAG